AUGCAAGACGAAGAAGAGGCCAUGGACGAGGAGAGUACAAGACCUCAAGUAUUAACGGGUUUCUCUACUCCACGCUAUCAGCAGGAGAAGGAAAGUAAUGGAUUCAAGUUUAGUGUCACUCCAGAACCUUCUCGGCAGCGUUUUUCAACGUCUCGAGGUCGCUCUACGACUGCAGGACUGGAAGAAUCACCCGCUAGAUACUCACCUAGUAAAGUCAAGGCGGCCGUGCGUUCAUUUGCAGACUUUUUACACUUUUUGGAACAGGAAGGGCACCAACAGGAUCAUACACUUAUGCCCAUGAUUAUUCAACGAUUUGCAGAGCUUGGAGCAGUCAUUGAGUCUCAAAAGAGGCAUAUUGAUCGCUGGAAGGGUAAAGAAUUGGAUCUGGCAAUUGAAGAAGCUCAGCAGAAUCUUGAGCUUAUUCGAGAGCUUGGAGAGACUAUUCAGAAACAGGAGCUGCAGAUUGCUGAAGAUAAAGUGGAAAAGCAGAAAUGGGAGGAAAAAUACCAUCUUGCUGCUCAGGAAGUUGAAUCGCUGAAGAAACAAGGCACUUAUCAGAUCCAACAGCUACGUUCGGAGGUGGCCAUGUUACGGCAAGCGGGGGUGGAUGUAGAAACGAAGCUGAAGGAGCGAGAUGCAUCUCUAGAGACCUUGCAAAAGGAAAAUGACGUCCUGCACUCGGAGUUGAAGCAAAUGAAACACGAUACCUUGGUUGUUGUGCAGGAAAACACAAAGCUAAAGCAACAGGGGAACCAUCAGUCGGAUGAGAUGCAUAUUCUAGAGCAGAAAAUCGAUGAGUUGCGUGAGCAUUACGAAACUGUAGUGAACAAAGCCACAGAGCUUGAGCAAGAUGUGAGAACGUGGCAGGAAAAAUACAAGGAGAAGGAUCAUCAGGUGAAUGAGCUGGAAAACGCAUUUAACCAUAACAGACAAGAAAUGAGGCAGUGGGAGGGUGAUCUGGAGCAUAUCAUGGACGAAAACCGCAAGCUGCAGGAGCACAUGGAAAGGAUGGCACAGGAGCACGAAAAGCAUCUGGCUGAGCAACACAAAUACCGAAACGAGGCUGAAGCGGAGCAACAGCGACUAUGUCAAGCACUUCAAGAAGAAUCAACGCGAUUCCAGAAUUUUGAGAAAAAGACAGGGGAAAUGCGUGCGCAAAUUGAAGCGCAGGCUAUGUCUGCCAUGAGCCAGCGCGAGCAGCAAUUAUUGAAUGAAAAAUCCCGACUGGAGGAAGAGUUGCAACAUGAGUUUAGCAAAAUCAAUGAGGAGAACAUUGAAUUGAGAGCAAAGAUUGAGAGCUUGAAGGACAUCAACCGACGCAAGAGCAUUGAGAUUGGUCGCCUGGUGGCAUCCUCGCAGGAGGCCGAGCAACAAAACCAAUCCCGUAGCGCAGAUACUCAGAGAAUGCAGCAGCUUAUGGAAGAAUUAGCACGUGCAAAGUAUGAGAUUGAACAGCUGUCCAAGGAAACGGCCACCAAGGAUGCUGCUUACGAAGAAACGAUGAAGUCGCAGUCUACUGAAGUCGAGAACCAGUACAACAAUUUUGUCUCGCAAGUAGAGGAACAGUUUGACGGUUUAAAACGAGAGAAUGAGCAGCUGCGAUUGGAGCUAGAUGAGACUACGGAGAAAAUGGAAGCGCAUGAGAAGAAAUUGUUGACAGGAGGAGAGGAGCUUGGUAAGUGGCGAACGGAGUGCGAAAAACUUCAGCACCACUUGCACGACCUUACUGGUGAACACGAUUCCCUCAAGCGUGAAUGUGAGCAUCAUCUCCGUGCACUAGAGCUACUGAACAUGAAGAACGCUGAGAUACGAGCGCAAAAUGAGCAACUUCUGUCCCCAGACAAUGAAUUUACGAAAGAAGUGGAACUGCUCCAGCGCGAACGUGUUCGCUUAGAAGAUCAGAAUCGGGAGCUGCAAAGGCAGAUUGAAGCGAUCCGAGUUGAGGCUGACGCAAGGCUUAACGAAGCUCAGCAAGUACACAAUUAUUCUCUGGAACAGGAGGCCACUCACGAGAAUACAGUUCGUUUGCUAUGUGAGGAAAAAGAAGCGAUGAAGCGCAACAUAAUGGACCAAGCUUCGGAGAAGUCAGCGCUAGAAUAUCAAGUUACAGCGGCCAACAAUGAGGCGGAACGAUGGAAGUCGCUUGUACAGCAACUUGAGAAUGAUAAACGAAUGCUCGAGCUCCGAAUCCAAGAAGUGAUGCGGCAGGCGACUGAGCAGAUUGAAGCCCAACAACAAUCAUCAGUAAUGGCUACGGAGGAUGGUCGAACUCAACUGCAAAAGUUGACGGCUCAGCUUGUUCACCGUGAUACGCAGAUGAACGAAGGCCACCAGCAAUUGCGAAAUUUGCAGGAAACAAUUAGAUCUCUGGAAGAGAAGCUUCGAGCUCAGCAAUACGAGUAUGAGAGCUUGCGAAUGAACAAUGAGAAUUUGACUAUCCAGCUUGAGCUUGCUCAUAACGAGAUACGUGGGCUAGAGGCUAUGAUGCCUUCACUCUUGCGUGAAGGUCAACAAGGGGUGGAAGAAGAUCUAUCUCAAAAGCUGGAAGGUUAUGUACGUGAAAUGAGUCGACAAGUUGAGAAAGCAAAUGAGAAGGCCAUUCAUUUGCAGGAAGUUUUGGACUCAAAACUUGAAGCGGAACUACGGUCAAGUGAUGAGUGGACGAAGCUUGAGGAAGAGAACGCAAAGCUACAGCGAGAACUGGUCAAUUAUGCUUCCGAACUGGAGAAAUUAGAUUCAGAGCUGCUUGAACUGCAAAAUGAACGCGAAAAGCUGAACCGUAUCUUAGAUGAGAUGCAGCAAACAAUUGCGGCGCACGAGGCAAAAAGGUGGACUUCAAGCAGCGCAACUAAUGAAUUUGAGCAUUUUGAAGCCGCGCAUCAAGAGUUAAAGGCAACGCACGAUCGGUUAAAGAUGGAAAUGAUGGCCCGACUAAAAGAUAAAGAAAGUGAGGUGGCUGAGUUACAGGACGAUAUGGCAGAGUUGCAGUCCAAGCUGGAUCAAGAGAAGGCAAUGUCACGGCAUUUGAUGGAUCGCUCUCACUAUGAGAAGGACGAGCGCGCAAAAGACUCCCAGGUCGAAAAGGAUCUGCGUAUUCAAGUGAAGGAACUAGAAGCGACAGUGACGUAUCUCCAGCACAAACUUCAAGCGAGUGAGCGAUUUUCUGAAGAUAGCAAAAACGAAGCGCGUGUGAAAGAACUAGAAGCGUCAGCGACGCAAUUUGGAAGAAAGCUUCAAGCAAGUGAAAACAUUGGUGUGGGUAGCCAUGACGCGCAGUUGAAGGAACUCAAAGCACAAGUGGAGUACUAUCAACAGAAACUUCGGUCGAGUGAGCAGCAGUCUGCUGCAGGUUACGAACAGCAGGCGCGUGUGAAGGAGCUGGAAGCACAAGUACAGCAGCUUCAACACGAGCUGCAAGUCAGCGAACAGUCUGCGACAGGAAGAGACCAGCGUGUCAUGCACGAAAAAUUACAGAAAGAGCGUGAUUACCGAUCGAUGCAAGCGCAGUUCGACAGUUUAGCCGUUGAAAAUGCCGCCACCGUCACAAAACUAGAUGAGAAAGUGGCUGAAAUUGACCACUUACGCCACGAGAUUGACCAACAACAAGAUGAGAUUGAACGAUUGCACGCAGAAAUUCGUGACAACACGGCUGAAAUGGAUAACGCCAGAAGUCAUCUCCACGUAUCGGAGCAGCUUACGCUGAAGGUAGAAAACAUGCAAGACGAGCUAGCUGCACACGAGAACGAGAUAUGUAAGCAGAAAUCUGAACUAGCUGCGAAGGAUGAAGAGCUGCAGCAUGCACGGGAGGAUGCAGAUGAGUUGAAACGUCAACUACAGGACGAGCUGCGUCAGAAAGAAGAUGAAGUUGCUUCGUUAAAGCGACAGAAUUUAAAAUUUCAGAAGCAAUUAAAGCGAAUUGCUCAAGCAAAGCUCUCUCCGAAGCAUUCGGUUGAAGGCGAUAUUACAGCUCGUGAAGCAGCGAUGAGAGGAGUAGAGGAAGCUUACGAACGGUUGUUACAGCGGGAGAAGGAGCUAACAUUACACAUUGCUCAUCUCGAAGAUGCCAAGUCAGCUAUGCUCGAUCAGUUCCACCGCGAGAUGAGGAGAUUGAACAUCGAGUGUGGUGCUGAGGGGUCACAUGGUAACGCUGCCGACAGUGACUUCCACCGUGGCAUCAUGAAAGUGUCGGCACUUGUUCGCAGCUACCAAGAUCGCGAAGCCCGCCAGAACGCACUUAUUCACCGCAAAGAGAAGUACAUCAACAAGUUAAAAACACGGCUGGACGAGAUGGAGUCGUUACUGCUCUGCUGUGACAAACCAAAGAAGCUCGAUGGAGAACAGCAGAAUCAAUCGCUUGAUCCGCAGGCGGAAGCCGUGGGCAGGGAGAUUGCAAAGCUGAAGGUAGAUCACAAGGAGGUACGUAAAAAUUCCACGGCUGGCUCGAGUGACAGUGCAAGUGAACUCGCGACGAUUAGUGAGUGGAAAGAGAAGUGCGCGAUACUCAAGCAUCGCGUGUGUGAAUUGAAAAAAGCGAACACGAAACUUAAAGAAAUUCAUUUCUCGAAGAGCGACAUGAAGGCGCUUGUAAAGGAAGUUGAAAAGCUUACAAAUGAAGUUUUGAAGAAGGAUGCGCAGAUCAAAGCUCUUCAAAAUUGCGAGACGUCAAAGUUUAAGAGAAGCAGUGCUUCAGCUGGAUCACGUUGCUCACGAGAUCUGCUUGUCGUGUUGCAAGAAAGAGAGGACAAGAUCAUGGUGCUUAAUGAUCACUUGACCGCUCUCAUGACGGAGAAUAUGCGGCUUCAACACAGUACUGAACAGUAUGUCAUCAGGUACGGUGCUCUGGACGGCGUGAUCACGAAUGGUGUUAUUGGUAACUCAGGUAUUAGAGUGCCUUGUGGCAGCAACCGACAACAACCUGUGGUUUAA